UGACAUUCAUAUUCAUCUAUUGCUGUUUACUGUUUAGCAAUUACUAUCCAUUAUUUGUUCACCUGCCUAGUGGUACGAUACCGAUUAUUCCAUUCCAAACAUUUAAUAUUUAGAUGAAGAUAUAUGCUCGUGUGUAAAUUCGACUUUUAUGCAAGGAGUGUUGAAGAUCUGAAGAAUUUGUAGAAUCCAAACUUGAACGUUCCCAGCGGUUAAAUGGCAGGAGAAUUCUAUUUGCGUUAUUACAUAGGACACAAAGGAAAGUUUGGACAUGAAUUUUUGGAAUUUGAAUUUCGCCCUGAUGGUAAACUACGAUAUGCCAACAACUCUAACUACAAAAAUGACACAAUGAUCCGUAAAGAAGUAUAUGUUCAUCAACCUGUAAUUGAUGAGCUCAAACGAAUUGUAUCUGAUUCUGAGAUUAUGCAUGAAGACGAUGCUCUAUGGCCACCACCAGAUAGAGUUGGAAGACAAGAGUUGGAGAUUGUAAUUGAUGAUGAACAUAUAUCAUUCACCACUUCUAAAACUGGAUCAUUAUUAGAUGUUAACACAUCCAAGGAUCCAGAAGGCCUCAGAACAUUUUACUAUUUAGUUCAAGAUCUUAAAUGUUUUGUAUUUUCAUUAAUAUCAUUGCAUUUCAAGAUCAAACCAAUUUCAUAAAGAGAUUUUUUGAUGAAUUAAUUAAAAUAUUUAAUUUAAUGUUCUAUAACAAAAAAAUAUUUAGCCAUUUUCUUUUGUUCAACUUUUAUACAUUCAUUACAUUAAGUUUUUUAAACUGUUAACAAAUUAAAAAAAAGCCACUAAGGAUUACUUAUACUGAUUUAAUA